AGGCGCCAAGCCAGAUUUCCACCACUCGGUGGGCGAUUUGGGCCAUGGGCGAUUUGGGCCAUGUGCCUGCGGGUCGCCUGCUUGCAAGUGAACCCCGUCCACGGCAAGGUGGCAGAGAACCGUGCGAGGGCGCGGGAGAUGCUGGAGAGAAGGCAGAAGGAGCUGCAGGGCGUGCACCUCCUCGUGUUGCCGGAGAUGGCCUUCACGGGCUACCACUGGAGGAGCAAGGAGCACAUCAGCGAGGUGGUGGAGACCUCUAAGGGGCCCACCAGCCAGUGGUGCAAGGAGGUGGCGAAGAUGCUGCGCUGCGUGGUGUGCUGCGGGCUGCCGCUGAGCUACCGCCGGCGCCUGGUGAACUCCAUGCUGGUGGUGGGCCCCAAGGGCACCUUCGUCACGCGGGUGGACAAGGUCCACCUCUACGAGUCCGACAAGACCUGGGCCGAGCCCGGGAAGAGCUUCAAGAGUCUGGAGCGGGUGGAGGGCCUGCCCAUCGCGCCGGUGGGCUUCGGGAUCUGCAUGGACAUCAACCCCUUGGACUUCAAAAAUCCCCCGGAGAUGUUCGAAUUCGCCAACUUCCACCGGGAGAAGGGCUCGAGGCUCCUCAUCUUCACUUCUGCCUGGUGCAAGAAUCACCCGGACGACAGCCCAGAGGCGUUCCGCGCCAUGAGCGACCAAGAUCUAUCCAGGGAGACCUUAAACACCUGGCUGCGGCGCCUGGGGCCUCUCCACGGGCGGGAGGUCUACUUCGUGUGCGCCAACCGGGUGGGCCGGGAGCCUUUGGAGCUUUUGGGCCGCAACACGGAGCUGCAGAACCAGUUCUGCGGCACCAGCUGCGUCAUCUCCCUGCGGGACCAGCAGGUCCUAGAGCAGCUCUCAGCCAGUGAGGAGGGCCUUCUCAUCGCUGACAUUCCGAUCCCGGAGUUAGAAGACGUGCUGCCACUCUGGCACCUCUUCGUGGUGCUGGCAGCCGCCCGCGCCCCAGGAAUUGGAUCCCGGAAGUUCCGUGGCGCGAAGGCCAGCUGGCUGAAGGGCUGCGCCGCAAUGGCGGAGCUGGGCACCUGCAAAGUGGCUGGGGAGCCCGAGAGCCUUAUUUUGGUGGGCCUGACGCUGAGUGCGCCGGUACUGACCUGA